CGGGUCUUGGGUGGUCAACGGAGCUCUCGUGAUGAGGCCCAGAGGUCCAGGCACUCUCAUGCCGUUGGUUUGGUUCCGCGCGUGCUCGGCAGCGCCUUCAGCCCUCUCCGAGAGGCUCUGGACGCCAUCGAGAACAUGGACCGACAGAGGUAUCCGGGCAGCAGGGACGAGGAGCCCCUGAAGGUCGUCCUCGCAGAGCCUCGCGGGGAGGACGACUCGGGCCAGGACUGGCACGACGAUGGCGGCGGCUGGGACUGGGACCAGCCAGACCGGAAGAGGCGGCGGACGGACAGCGGCCCAGGCCCAGGCUACGCAGCCGAGGGCGCCAUCACUUUUAUGGAUGGCCCGCAGAAGAACGAGUUCGACAGGCUCAAGGCCCACGGCAAUGGCAACCGCACCUGGAGCUGCGAGAAAGGUGCUCAGGUGUGCGGCGGCCAAGCGCAGACCCGCAUGAAGGGGCCCCGGACCGUCGUCCAGCAGGUGACGCUGCAUGCGCACCUGCCCACUCCGGACAAGGCCGUCGUGGAGCAAGUCCGUGCCAAGGCAAGGGCCGCUGCGUCGCAACAGCCCGACGCCACUGCCGCGAACAUGGCCUCGGCCGCGCUCGCGGGGGCCUCGCAGGCAUCGUUGGCCGCGAUGCCCGCCACGACCAACCUGAAGCGGGCUUGCUGGAGGACGCGGUUGUCAGAACAGAACGAGCGCCUGAAGAGCGGGGGGCAGGCGUGCUCCACGCUGGAGGUGCUCACCGUCCCUGAGACUCUCAAGCAGGUGGACGGCGAGGAGUUCCUGGCGCAGUGGGGCUGCAGCGGGCGACAAAACUUCGACUUCCUGGCCACGGCGGACGUCUGGCUGGCAGACGGCGCGUUCCGCAUAGCGCCUGCCCCCUUCUUCCAGGCGCACACGGUGCACGGAUACCAGAACGGAUACGUCGCGCCUUGUUGUUACAGAUUGCUGGCGGACAAGAAAAUGGCAACGUACAAGCGCGCAUGGGGGGCCGUGCUCCAACUGCUCUCCCCCGAGGGCCCCGGGCCGACCCUUCUGCUCGAUUACGAGAAGGCUUCCUACCAGGCGGCCUCGGCCGUGUUCCACGAGAUCAACGUCGGCGGGUGCUACUUCCACUUCCGCGCCGCCGUGCACGAGCGCGCGGUCGACCUGGGCUUGAGCAACAGGUACGGCGGGAACGCUGAGUUUCGCCUGCGCGUCGGGGAGCUAUGCGCCCUCGCGUUCCUCCCCGCCGACCCCGUGGCGGACUGGUUCGAGACCCUGGCCGCCGAAUUCCCUAACGAGGAGCUCGAGCUCGUGUUAUACUUCGAGAAAACGUGGGUGGGCGAGGGGCCGGCCAGAGCCAGGGCGCGGAAGGCCCCCGUGUUCCCCGUGGACAUUUGGAACAUUCACCAUCGCACGCUCGACAAGAAGUUCCUCGCCGCGAGCGCAGCCGAACUCUUCCACCGCCACCAUGCGGCUCAGUUCCACAGGGGCGCCCAUCCCACAUACCCGACCUUCAUCCUGAGUUUGCACAAGCAGCAGAGAAUCACCAGCCGGGACAUCACUGAGAUCGCCAUGGGGGGCGAGAAGAAGCUGCGCGAGCCCACGCGGGUUCGUGGAGACAAGCAGUGCAAUUUGGUGAACGAGUACUUGGGGGGCAAGGGCGGGGUCUCCCUCGUGACGCAGCUGGCGCACCUGGCCAUGAGCGAGGAGUGA